GCAAAGCCGUGGGCCCGGGGCUAGGGAGACCAGUCUGUGCACUGUGGGCAGUCAGCGGGCGGAGCCUCGCGCGCCGAGCCCGGGCAAGAGGGAGAGAAAGAGAAAAGGAGAGAGAAACAGCAUGGCAUCUCAAAGAAAGAAGGUUAGUCUGCCAGCCCUUGAGGUCAAGGGACCAGCUGAAUUUAAGGGGGACCAAAAAAGUAACUGCAGCCAAAUUUACAAGGUGUUACGAAAACUGGCCCAUCUGCUUUUCCUCUCCGGAAGGAGGACGACAUAUCCUACUGUUGAACCUGUUAGGAGUCAGUUUUUUAUGAAGAACAUUGGGCUAGGAGCCAAAACUCACCUCUUUGCUAAUUUGAUAUUGUGCAAGUUCUCUUAACCUCUGUGGAUCUCAGUUACUUCAUCUGUAAAAAGGAGAUAAACUUAUUCACUGGUCUGAAGCUCAAUUUACAAUUGCCAAGAUGUGGAAACAACCUAAAUGCCCAUCAACUCAGGAAUGGAUAACAAACUGUGGUAUAUGUAUACCAUGGAGCACUAUUCAGCCAUAAAAAAGAUGGAGACUUCACAUCUUUUGUGUUAACCUGGAUGGAAUUGAAAGCACAUUCUUAGUAAAGUAUCGCAAGAAUGGAAAAAUGAGGUGGCAGACCAUCCUACUACAAUACUGUUUUCUCUUGGUUACAUUUCUCCUUACUGCUCUGGAAGCUGUGCCUAUAGAUAUAGACAAGACAAAAGUACAAAAUACUCACCCUGUGGAAAGUGCAAAGAUGGAACCACCAGAUACUGGACUUUAUUAUGAUGAAUAUCUCAAGCAAGUGAUUGACGUGCUGGAAACAGACAAACAUUUCAGAGAAAAGCUCCAGAAAGCAGACAUAGAGGAAAUAAAGAGUGGGAGGCUAAGUAAAGAGCUGGACUUAGUAAGUCAUCACGUGAGGACAAAACUUGAUGAACUGAAAAGACAAGAAGUAGGAAGGUUACGAAUGUUAAUUAAAGCGAAAUUGGAUUCCUUUCAAGAUGUAGGCAUGGACCACCAAGCUCUUCUAAAACAAUUCGAUCACCUGAACCACGUGAAUCCUGACAAGUUUGAAUCCACAGAUUUAGAUAUGCUAAUCAAAGCAGCGACAAGUGAUCUGGAACACUAUGACAAGACUAGACAUGAAGAAUUUAAAAAAUACGAAAUGUUGAAGGAACAUGAAAGGAGAGAAUAUUUAAAAACACUGAAUGAAGAAAAGAGAAAAGAAGAAGAAUCUAGAUUUGAAGAAAUGAAGAAAAAACAUGAAAAUCACCCCAAAGUUAAUCAUCCAGGAAGCAAAGAUCAACUCAAAGAGGUAUGGGAAGAGACUGACGGAUUGGACCCUAAUGACUUUGAUCCCAAGACAUUUUUCAAGUUACAUGAUGUCAAUAGUGAUGGAUUUCUGGAUGAACAAGAGUUGGAAGCCCUAUUUACUAAAGAGUUGGAGAAAGUAUAUGACCCCAAAAAUGAAGAGGAUGAUAUGGUAGAAAUGGAAGAAGAAAGGCUUAGAAUGAGGGAACAUGUAAUGAAUGAGGUUGAUACAAACAAAGACCGAUUGGUGACUCUUGAAGAGUUUUUGAAAGCUACAGAAAAAAAGGAAUUCUUGGAGCCAGAUAGCUGGGAGACAUUGGAUCAACAACAGUUCUUCACAGAGGAGGAGCUAAAAGAGUAUGAAAAUAUUAUUGCUUUACAAGAAAGUGAACUGAAGAAGAGGGCUGAUGAGCUUCAGAAACAAAAAGAAGAGCUACAACGUCAGCAUGACCAACUUGAGGCUCAGAAGCAGGAAUAUCAUCAGGUCAUACAGCAGAUGGAACAAAAGAAAUUACAAGCAAUUCCUCCAUCAGGGCCAAAUGGAGAAUUGAAGUUCGAGCCACACAUUUAAAGUCCGAACUCCACAAGAACUUGGAAGAAAGCUGUUAACUCAACAUCUAUUUUAUCUUUUUAGCUCCCUUCCUUUUUCUCUGCUUAAUAAAUAUUUUAAA